ACUAAUUUGAACACUAGAAUUAGAAAAAGCUAAUGGAACCGAACCCAGCUCCAUCGUCGCAGUAGCAAACCACUCAAAGCAGCGCGCACUUUGACAGAACUCAAAAACCCCAACCUGAAAAUUCCAUUCCUCUCUCUCUCUCUAUCGCCAAAACCCUAGAAAUCAACGAUAAUGGAAGAACCACAAAACGGCAACACCAAUGCUAAAACGGCAGUACCACCGGAGAGCGAGGAAGAGCCCAUAGUUGGACCAGGCCCUGCUCCCAAGGCUCGCGCCAAACGUCCUCUCCAAUUCGAACAAGCUUACCUAGACGCACUUCCAUCUGCUAAUAUGUAUGAGAAAAGUUAUAUGCAUAGAGAUGUGGUUACUCAUGUUGCCGUCUCAACAGCUGAUUUUUUCAUAACUGGAAGUCUUGAUGGGCAUUUGAAAUUUUGGAAGAAAAAAGCUGCGGGAAUUGAGUUUGCAAAACAUUUUAGAUCCCAUCUUGGUCCCAUUGAAGGUUUAGCGGUUAGCGUAGAUGGCCUACUUUGCUGUACAAUUUCAAAUGACCGAUCAGUGAAGGUUUAUGAUGUUGUAAAUUAUGACAUGAUGGUCAUGAUCCGGCUACCAUACAUUCCUGGUAGUGCUGAGUGGGUGUACAAACAAGGGGAUGUCAAAGCUAGGCUUGCUAUUAGUGAUCGAGACUCCUCAUUUGUGCACAUAUAUGAUGCAAGAUCUGGUACGAAUGAACCUAUCAUCUCAAGACAGGUGCACUUGGGGCCAAUUAAAGUUAUGAAAUACAACCCUGUGUUUGACACCGUUAUAUCUGCUGAUACUAAGGGAAUCAUUGAGUACUGGAAUCCUACUACUCUUCAGUUCCCAGAGAGCGAGGUGAAUUUUAGACUGAAAAGUGACACCAAUCUGUUUGAAAUUGUGAAAUGCAAGACAAGUGUCUCCACUAUGGAGGUGAGUCCAGAUGGCAAGCAAUUUUCUAUUACAUCACCUGAUCGUAGAAUACGUGUAUUUUGGUUCAGAACAGGCAAACUAAGGCGAGUUUAUGAUGAAUCUCUUGAGGUGGCUCAAGAUCUUCAAAGAAGUGAUGCACCCUUGUACCGGUUGGAAGCUAUUGAUUUUGGGAGAAGAAUGGCUGUUGAGAAGGAAAUUGAAAAAACAGAAACUGCACCACAACCAAAUGCCGUUUUUGAUGAAAGUUCUAAUUUUCUGAUAUAUGCAACCCUCCUUGGGAUAAAAGUAGUAAAUUUACAUACCAAUAAAGUUGCCCGAAUUCUUGGAAAGGUGGAGAACAAUGACAGAUUCUUGCAGAUUGCCUUAUAUCAAGGUGACCAAAGCAGUAAGAGAGUUAGAAAAAUUCCUGCAGCUGCAGCAAAUGCCAACGAGAGUAAAGAGCCUUUAUCUGACCCCACUCUCCUUUGCUGUGCUUUCAAGAAACAUAGAAUUUAUUUAUUCAGCCGGCGAGAACCAGAGGAACCUGAGGAUGCAACUAAGGGGAGGGAUGUCUUCAAUGAGAAGCCUCCGGCAGAUGAACUUUUGGCUGUAUCAGAUAUAGGAAAAUCAGUCACGACAUCUCUUCCUGACAAUGUGAUUCUGCAUACUACAAUGGGUGACAUUCAACUGAGACUGUAUCCUGAAGAAUGCCCGAAAACUGUGGAGAAUUUUACUACACACUGCCGGAAUGGCUACUAUGAUAAUCUUAUCUUUCAUCGUGUCAUCAGAGGUUUCAUGAUACAGACUGGAGAUCCUUUGGGGGAUGGCACUGGUGGGCAGUCUAUUUGGGGAAGGGAGUUUGAGGAUGAGUUCCAUAAAAGUUUACGACAUGAUCGACCUUUCACAGUGUCAAUGGCAAAUGCUGGCCCAAACACAAAUGGCUCCCAGUUCUUUAUCACCACAGUGGCCACGCCAUGGCUGGACAAUAAGCACACAGUUUUUGGUAGAGUUGUAAAGGGAAUGGAUGUUGUCCAGUCAAUUGAGAAGGUGAAAACAGACAAGGCAGACAAGCCAUACCAAGAUGUAAAAAUUCUCAACGUUACUGUUCCCAAGUCUUAGCAGUCUCCCUUUCAUUGGCGAAUCUGUCUUGAUAUAGUUGCUGGUCUGACAGCAUCAUUUGUCAAGUGCACCGGACAGGGUAGAUUGCUAUUUUUUAUUCUGUAGCCUGAGAUGUGCCUCUAAAGAUGCGUUGCCCUUCGUUGGUCUUAUCAUCCCUUUUGACAGUGUAUGAGUUGUUCCCGUACACAAACAUUGGUUGAGGCCUCCAUGAAAAUUGUGAAGAAACCCCAUUAUAAUGAUGAUACUCUUUAUGGUUAUUUUCA